AUGUCUGACGCAGUGCAGCAAAUCGAUCACAAAUUCUUGGACCGACAGAGCCGGACCAUUGGCACUUAUGGCCUGGAAACCAUGGCCAAGCUUAUCUCUUUCAAGGUGCUCAUUGUCGGCUGCGGUGCAGUCGGCAUCGAAAUCGCCAAAAAUUUGUCAUUGGCUGGUGUUCAUACGAUCCAUCUAUACGACCCCCGAAAAGCUACUCUAGCGGACAUGGGUGUGAACUUCGCCGUGGGGGAGCACACCAUCAAGGCAAAUAAAACGCUUGCAGAGGCGUCCUGUGCGUAUAUCACAGAACUUAACCCCAACACACGCGUGCGGGUCGCUACCGAGUUAAGUGAAGCAGUUGUCGGGCAGAAUAUCGCACUUAUCAUCACCUCCGACGCCCCUGACCUCUCCACAGAAACACUUAUUCAUUGGGAUCGUUUCUGCCGCAGCCAUAAGCCUGUCAUUUCUUUUAUAUUGGCAUUGCAGACCGCCGCCGUAGGCUCGGUGUUUGUGGACCAUGGCCCAUCUUUUGUCGUGAACGACGUCGAUGGUCGUUCGAUGCUGCAGAAGUCCAUUAUGGAGAUUGUUACGCUAAUCGAUAAGGCGGGCGAUCGCUACAGUCGUAUCCGCUUCGAAACUCCAGAAGGGCAGACCCCUGGCGCACUGCGGGACUACACUCAAAUAAAACUCACGGAUGUUGUUGGCCUCACGAAGCCAAACGGCGAGAGCGCGAACAACCGUGUGUUUGACGGGGUUGUAUGUCUAACGGACCCACGAAACACGGUGCGUGUGUACCCGUCCUUUGAUGACCAGGGAUAUGGCGCCUACGAAACGGGCGGCUUCUUCCACGAGGUGAAGGAGACCAUCCCGCUUGCGUUUCGCUCCUUGCAGGAAUGCCUACCAGCCCCGGGUGACUUUGUACAGGUCAGUCCAAUGAUGGACAACGCAGAGGAAUCUCAGACUCAUCUUUUUAUCAACGCCCUGCUGCGCUUCGCGGAUACGCACAAAGGUCGUCUCCCCGCUUUGCAUAGUCAAGCGGACGCAGAGGACGUCGUCGUAUUGGCACGCACUAUCAUCAAAGAAAACAGGGCCAUGCCGAGGCCUAGCGUGAAGGAAUCGCCUGUUCCUACCGCGCCAAAAAAGGCUGAGUUUCCCUUUAAGAAGCCUCCCCCGCAGCCACCGGUCCCUCUUGUUGUCGAGGAAAUUAAUGAAGAUUCCAUUCAUAGACAAUCAGUUAUUGCGGCAGUCGAGCUACAGCCACUUGCGUCCUUUAUCGGUGCCGUUGUCGCGCAGGAAGUUGUUAAAAUAACGGGCAAGUACACACCCAUUCACCAAUGGUUUCAUCUCUCAAUGGAAGCUGUGCUUCCCGACUCACCAAACUAUGGGGGCCCGGAGUUUAGUGCUCCAAACAGCCGCUACAGGAACCUUAUCGCGAUUUUUGGAAAGUCCUUCCACGAGAAGCUGUCGAACCUGAAGAUCUUCCAGGUGGGUUGUGGGGCGUUGGGUUGUGAGAACCUCAAAAACUUUGCACUCUCCGGAAUCGCCUGCGGCGAGCGCGGCUCUCUGAUCGUCACCGACAACGACCGCAUUGAGGUCUCCAACCUUAGCCGUCAGUUUCUGUUUCGAGAGGAGAACGUGGGACAGUCCAAGUCGGCCGCCGCAGGGGCCCGUACGCGGCAAAUCAACUCACACGCGAAGGUCGAUGCACGCCAGGAUUUUAUAGGCACGACCACCGAGCACCUCUACCCCGACACCUUCUGGCAGCAGCUGGACGUGGUGGUGAGCGCCCUAGACAACAUGGAAGCGCGCCUGUAUGUCGAUCAACAGUGCGUGCGCUUCCACAAGGUGCUGGUGGAGUCGGGAACGAUGGGCACCGGUGGGAAUGUGGAUAUCAUCGUACCAGGAAAGACGACUUCCUAUGCGGACGGCGGCACGGCCGACCAGACAGGCGGCAUCCCCAUGUGCACGCUGCGUAACUUUCCUUAUAUUUACGACCAUUGCAUUGAGUGGGCGCGCGCCCAGUUUGACGAUCUGUUCGUGUCGCCAAUGAACGCUGCUAGUCAGAUUGUGGAGGAGCCUGGAGCCUUCACCGCGCGCAUCAAGGAGGAAAUCGAGGCGGCGAAGAGCGACGGUGAGAGGCUGAGUCUGGUUGAAAAGCACCUUAGCCCUCUGAGGAGUCUCAAACAAACUCUUGAAAUUUUGGCUCAAGGUCCCAGUAUGUCGACCUGUAUUCAAAUGGCCCUCAGUACUAUGUUUAAACUCUUCCGCGACCGCAUCUACGACCUGCAAACGUGCUUUCCGAAAGACUCCAAGAAAAAAAAUGGCGAGCCGUUUUGGUCCGGGCAUCGUCGAUACCCGCAAGCACUCGAGGUGGAUCCUCACAAUAUCUUAAGCAGCCCGGAUGUAUUAAACUUCAUCAUCUCUGCGGCUAACCUGUAUGCGUGUAUGUUCGGCUUGCAUCCGUUGAAACACGAGGCUCGGUACAACGACGAGCAAAACCGCUGGAUGAAGCAGUAUCGCACCAAGGACUGGUUGCAGUCAGAGCUUUCGGGUAAGAAGCUGCCCGAGUACGUUGCCAGAGAGGUUGAGGACCUUGAUGAGGAUGUCGCCGCAGAGGCGACGCCAAUCGGCGAAGUCAGUCUGCCGCUGCAGGAAGCCAAGCUUCGAGCACUUCUGGAUGAAGUGGUCGCUUUGGCUCGUGGGUGUUCGCAUUCGAAGGCCGCUCCACUGGAGUUCGAGAAGGACGACGAUGACAACUUCCAGAUUGAUUUUAUCGCCGCGGCGAGCAACCUUCGUGCGGCUAACUACCACAUCCCUCCCCAGGAUCGAAUGAAGGUGAAGAUGGUUGCCGGGAAGAUCAUUCCCGCGGUGAUGACCACUACCGCUGCUGUAACGGGACUUGUUUUAAUCGAGCUUUUUAAGGUAUUGCAGAAUAAGGAUGUGUCGACGUUACGAAACGGCAUGCUUGAUGUGGGUACCAACAACUACGUCCUUUUUGAACGAAACGCUCCAGUGCGGCAUCGAACCAGGAUUGUCUCGACAUACCUCCCUGAGCAGGAUAUGACCUACAAGAAGAAGGUGAUCUGCAUCCCAGAUGGGUUUACCAAGUACGACUCGAUCAAGAUCGAUGUCUCUCCUUCCACCACCGUGCACGAGUUCGUGGAGAAGCUUUUAGAAUCGCUGAACAGCACACUUCCCACGGAUGCAGGAUUUGAGUACGAAAUUGAUGGCCUCGGCGUGGGAAAAGGCCUUCUCUGGAACGGCCUCCCAACGCACCCUAAUACUCACGCCUCUUUGAUGUGUUUAAUUGAGAAGCAAAAAGCUACUGAGAUGGUGGGUGCAACUUUCUCGCACAACUUCUGGGAGGGCCGUACGCAAUUCUUUGAUCUCACCGUCAUGGUCUCCGUAGACGAUGGCGACGCCACUGUGGAUGAGGAAGAAGUCGAAACGGCGCCCAUCUGCCUUUGCAUUAAACCAUGA